AUGGACGUUCAAGGGUACAUGCCACAUCGCUCUGAUGAUCCCCACCAACAACAAGUGCUCCAUUAUGCACAAGUCAACUUGACACCAGAAGACACUCCAAAAACCCAUUCACUGCCUCCAUUGACCAGCAUUCCAGCCCACGUUUCCAAUGACCAGGAUUGUGCCGACUCAGUUACAAGUGAUGGACCCCCAUCAGGUUCUUAUGCAUCAUCUUUGCCAGUCAAGGCGGAAGACAACCCGAUUCCUGCGAUUCCAGCAAGUGUGUUUGACAAGCGCAAGAGUAGCCCUGCUGUAUUGGGUCUUCCCCUUGGAUUGAAUGAUGAAGCACAAGCACAGUUAAGCUUACAUCUUUCACAACAACGCAACUCGAUCGAGGCAGCUAUGCUCUUGGCUAAUUUCAAUCGACUGCCACCCUCUGAACCUGCUACAACAACAACAACAACAACUGCCCAAUCCAAUCCCUCCACUGAGGAUGAUGAAGAUCACAACAACAAGUCUUGGCCUGACGACAAUGAGAAUUACUCAGUAACUUCCAAUACUGCUUCGGACAACAACAACAACAACAACAACGCUGUUGCCACGACGACGACGACGACGACGACCCCAAAGCAACGUCGUCAUUCUUACGAUGUCAACAUGUCAUGGGCCACCAUGUCUCCUUCUUUUCUGGAACGCUCUUCUUUUUAUCAUGGUAUUGCUACAACAUCCACAUCGGCUACAUCAUCUUCAGCCUCAUCAUUAAGACAUCAACCAGGUAGCCAUGCUACCAACGGAGUAAGAAUGACUUGGGUACAUGGCGGAGCACAUCCAUCGCAUGGUAGUAAGGAGUUUGAUCCAUUGCUGCGACGGGCCGCUACACCCGAAGAUUUACGUCUCGCCUAUGGAGCUCACGUGUCCUUGCCGCCUGCAUCUUCUUUCACAAGUAGUAGCAGUAGCACAGCACCUUUAUCAUCUGAACAUCCAAUGCUGCAUCCUUUGGCACGAUCCGUUUCCGAUAUGACUGGACGCAAACGUGACCCUAUGGGUGAACAACAACCCCUUCAGCCACCACCACCACCACCUCCACAUCAAGCAGCAUCAGCAUCAGCAGCAGCACCACAUCCUCAUGCAGCACCACCUCAUCAUCAUCCUUACUAUAAUCAACACUAUCCACCACCCUAUUCAUCAGCAGGAGGUUUACCACCAAUGCACCACCAUCACCAUCCAUCAUCAACAUCAGCAUCAGCAUCUAAUCAAGCAUCACCUUAUUACUAUCAACAUCCACCACCUCCUCAUCCACCUCCAGCACAUCCUCAUCAUCAACUUCCACAUGGAGGAAAAUUACCCCUACCAGUACCAAUGGAGGGUAUGCUUACAACACGCAUCCCUGGUCCCUAUGAUCGCCUGGGUGGUCCUAUUGCCGUGCCUCGUCUACCCAAUAGGAGGAAAAAAGCACGAGUGGAAGCGGAUGAGGAUGAUAUGGCCAAUGCUGUUGAACCUGGUGAUCCUGAUUUCCCUGACAUGUCACUUAAGGAUAUCGAAGCUGCCCGUGUUGACCCUGAAGCACGCCCUCGUCGUCAAAAACUUCGUUAUGCAGGUGAUAAGUAUACUCCACAAUGGGUACGCUACAAUGGUCAAGCAAAGGAGGGUCUUUGUGAUACAUGCACACCAGGCAAAUGGCUUCAAUUGAAGAACAGUGCAUUCUGGUAUCACAAGCAAUUCUUCCAUGGCAUUUCAUCUGUAUCAGGCAAGGAAUUUAUGCAACCCCUAGAAACACGUUGGGUGGAUCAAGAUCUCGUGGAAGGUCUUUGUCAUCAAUGCCAUCAAUGGGUCUCUGUCAGCAACGUGAAACGAAAGAACAGUGUCCUCUGGUAUCGGCAUGCUCACAAGUGCCAUGUUUAUCACAAACCAAAACCUAAUGCACCAAAACGACGUUGA